AUGGUGCGUUCUUGGCCCAUAAAAUUGAUCAACUUAUUACGCCCUGAUUCCGCCCACACUCUUUUAGCUACACGUGCUGUCUUUUUACGUGGUGGGAUGCAUCUUUUACUUCGAUGUCAUCCAAUUUUUUGUCCAUUUUCCCCGGCGCUUUCCAGAGUUCACUCAGUUAUUCGCAUGUUUUAUAUGGCGGCCAAAGCUGUCAUUUCUUGUGUCCUCCAAACUUGAAGGGAACUCCCACACGCAUCAUGCAUUUUUCAAAGUUAGUUUAGUAACAAAAAAACUGACUGGCAAAGACGACUAGAUUGGUCGCCUCUGGCUUGUUUUUUUGUCAUACUUCAACCUCUGUACUGGAAAACCAAUAGAUACCCGGUAUUUCCGGUGAACCCUAACGGACUAGGUCCCAGUGGUCUCGUUAAAAUCAGCCGCACCUAUCCAUCUACUUGUUGGUGCUGUUUUGUUCCGAGGUCAGCUAGUAGGUAAUCGAUGGAUUUCCCUCGGAAAUCAUAUUCAGUCGCGAAGUUGGUAAGAUACUCAAGCUCUCUCACGUUAUAAUACUAAAAUUGUUAAUAUCGUGGGAAGAGAAUGUUUCAUAAAGAAAAUAAAAAAGACUCGAAUCUGAUUGUUCUUUCGUCAUAGUCAGGGGUAUCCGGAAUGCGCAAUUAUGACUUGCUGAGGUAGAUUGGCGCGGUGCCCACUUCACCUUCUUUUUCUGUCCCCUUAUUCUCGUGACUUGAUAAGGUUACUGCGAAUUGGGAUGGGUUAGAGCUCUGUGACUGACAUGGCAGGACUCGCCUCCACUCGUCCUGGUUCCUACGCUUGCACGACCCGAAUUUCAGCUCCUAUCUGAGGUCCUCGUGAGUUGCCGCAAAGCUAACACAAGUAAGUGUGGUUUGGUCUUUAUUUCGUCAGGGGAAUAAAUAGUCUGUUAGUCCAAAAACGCUCGCGGAUACGUUUUUUAGUCAGAAUGGUAUUACCGACAAAGACAAGGGAGUGAGUUCCGUAUGAACGAUUGGUGAGCGCCCCCUACCAACUUUUUUUAGUCUUCACGAUAAUUUAUAUUGAGUCAUAAGUAUGGAUAAGUGAGGCAUAAGUAUGCACCGAAUCUACCCCACCUCCUGCCUUCCGACUUGGGAUGAGAGAGGACACAAUAACUGAUCGAGUCACGCGCAUAUGUUGCCUCGUUUAAAUCAAGCCCAAUAGAACAGCCCAUAUAUCGCGGUUCGGAUCCCAGUGUUACUCUCGUGCAGGCCUGAAACAACUACGCAACCCGUUUGCAGUGCCACGCAUGCACCUACUCUUGUUUCAUGCGUUCCAACGCUGUUUGUUCAAAAAUUACAAGGGAAUGGAGAGGUGCGGAGCUGCUAGUUGAUCAAGGCUCUAAAUUUCCGUAGCACGGUUUGAACCCUAAAACCAGUAGACCGACCGUAGUAAUACGUUAAUGAAUAUUUGCUGGAUGUUUCGAGGCUACUGGGGUUGUAUCGGCACAACCGUGAGAAUGUGUGUAGUCUGUGAACUACAAUUACCAAGUCAAAUCCCGUUUUGGAAGGAGAAGACAGAUGGCAACAGAACGAGGGGUUUAAUAUAUACAGGACCCGGAGUUGUCCUCUCAGGCGGCAGUGGCCACUGGCGAAGUCAGGGCUGGUGAUGACUGCAUCCAGUCAGGCCUGAGAGUCCUUGGGAAAGUGACGGCAGCCGCUUUUUUAGGAUCGUCGGCCAAGCUCAAGUGGUCUCCAAUCGGUGUGUGUUGCAUUUAACGAGGGGUGGUGUCCCAGUGGCUUGUUUUGCUGGCUGCAGGGGGUGGGGUGCGUUCAAGUGGCCGCAUAGGCAGCUGCGACUGUGCGGACGCAGGUAUGCCCGAGCUGUCGGUCGUAUGACUUCAGCUCAGCGCGUCUGGAACGGCUCACUGUAAAUGGGUGGACGGCCUUGAGACACCGAGGUCUUAAACAAUGACGCCAGACCGGUCAUGAUGGCUGCCCGCUACAGGGUAACGCGUUCCACGCAGAUUGUGAACAUAAUACCAUGGGGGGGGAGGUAUCAAAAAUUGCCGAUUACACCAAACAUUGCUACCCACAAGGAUGAAAGCCACUCUUGUGUUUGCAGAGAGACUGAAAGAAUUGGGUACUAAUGUAUAGGACACAGCUCUUUGAACUCCACCUAUUAGGCAAGAGGCGAUUUAUCUUACACCCAGACUUCAAUUCCAAUUAGUUAUAGUACUUCUUAGCUGACUGCUGGAAGUCCGCUGGUACAUUGGUAACUUGGGAGUCAGUACAAGGCACAAAGUCAGACGCCGCAAAAAAAUCUGGCAGUUCGACCAUCUGAUCUAGGGAGCUCAGACUUUCAUAAUCUAGCCAGAACUGCUUAGCGAAUUAGUGGCCGAGUGGACAUGCCUGAGGUUUCCUGUCGCGAAACGGCACAACAACGAAUGUAAAACAGGGGUGCAUUUGUAUUUGUAAUAGGUAAUACAGAAGGGACCUGCCGUGCGUCAGGCACGAAAAGACACUGCCGGCGUUCUGAAAAGCGUUAGAGGUUGGUCACGCGAUGCACGAUACAAUUGCGGCGAAACCAGUUUGUCCCCUUUCCUCAAAAACUGAACUACUCCUUCGAUGGCACUGUUAUCGAAGGUUUCUGUCCGCUGCAUUCAUUAAAACCAUCCACCUUAUGUGUAUAAUAGUCAGGGUAAGGUGGACGAGGGCUACUCGCUAAACUUUUCUGUCAAUUCGGCGAAUAAUAGUAGUCUCCAGGAGCCUUUUGUGAUCCACUCACUGAGAUCACGCGUGGAUGCUGCGCUUUGGAUCGGUAACGACCGUGAAACAGCUGUCUGCGUCUGGCCUGUUACACUCUUAGCGAGCUACCUGUGUGUUAUAUGUAGUAUGUGUCGUAUGACACAGCGUUCGUUGUCACCAGUAGCAAGUUGGCGGGUGGACAGAAUGAGAUCGAGUGAGAUCCUAACCACAACAGUGAGGGCCAAACGCCCACUUGACAUGCUUAUAUACCUCACUCCAUAAGGCCUAUGACGUACCGAUGACCGAUGACGACCGUGAAACAGCUGUCUGCGUCUGGCCUGUUGCACCCUUAGCGAGCUGCCUAUGUAUUGUAAGGAUGUCAUAUAUGCAGUGGCAGUUGCGAAGUGUGAGAAAUGGGCAAUAUGAGGAAUAUAUCAUGCGAAAUGUUACCGUUUCUGUCGACCUCUAAAAAUACACACACCUCACUGAUGGCUGUGAGCUGUGCAGCGCUCUACGCUUUGGCGUUUCCACUAAACACGAUCAUCUUUUUUUCCUCAAUGAGAACUCGGUUUGCUCCGUUUCGAGAUCCCUUUCCCGCAAGUUCUCACUUGCGUCCGUACUGACCCAGCACUUCACCUGGCCAGUAAAUGCAACGAAAUUAUUACUGAUUGCCCAUAAUGCCUUGUCCACUCGCUAAACCCUUUUUUGUUAGAUGUUCCUUCCUAUCAGUGACUUUAUUGCGGAUUUUUAUGCUACAGAGUCUUCUUUAGCGGCAUAUCUGAGUAUGUGCGAUCCGUUAUCGGCAGCUGACGCCUAUAUCAACAGCAAAUAUCGAUAGGAGAGAAUCGUAAUAUGAUAGUUAGGAACAGGAAAAUCCCCUUUCAGUUUCGGUCCUUGGUGCAUCGCAAGGCCAGGCGGAUUUGCAGCCGCACAGCUACCCGCGCAGUCUUUCCUGGUCUUACCCGUCAGGUUGUUCUAAUUAAUUUUGAUGGGAGCUGUGCCCUAAUUUAAGUAACUUAAGUGCUUGUAGUAGGCCUUGGUAGCUAACGGUUUGUUGUAGCCAGUGAGCAUUGCUGUUUGGUUUCAAUGGUACUUGAUAGAAUGUAGAACAAUGCACUUGAUUGUCAUUACUACCAAAGAAUUACGCCUUAUGAAGGUUUACUUAGUAUGAACUUCGGGUAGUCUUCCUCAAGUCGACAUCAAUACCCUAUUUCUCAAAACCAACGUCUCAAGUUGCACUUUUAGGCGAAAAACAGGUCGACUUUUUAACAGGAGGCCACGCAGCUAACUCCGAUGUGUGGGUCGCCAAUUUGCUCUUGAAUGUGGCAUGUCGUAGCUGCCGUCGAAAUUCCUGAUGCUAUCUGUCCGUCUGGUCGCUCUCCGUUCCAAUACACGUAUUUCCUGGAUUAAAAAAACAUUGGAAAGUUGAUUUCAGAGCCACCUGUUGCUGCAGCGGUCCUUCGGACUUUUACAACUAAACCUUGCCUUAGUGCAAUUCACCCGAGUUCGUAAUCACAACAAUUUUGUGCAAAACAGUUUUCUUCUAAGUGUACGGCGAAAUUGUGACUUGGGAUGUUAGAUACUUUGCUCUUCGAAGGUAAUCUGAAAGAGAGCAUGCUCGCUGUUGGAGGUGCACAACGCGCAUGAGUCCUUUCGUCUGAAUACGUUUCAACUGGGCAAGCCUACUAAGUCGAUCGACUGAACUAACAUGCCGAGUGUCCCAUUUCCCGCCUGACACUUCACAGAACCUUUUUGGUAGUAUCUGUUAAAACUGCAAAUGUUUCCGGCCAACGAACCGCUCGGCUUUUCUGUUCUUGUGUCGCUUUGUGGCAUGUACCUCCAUGCGCGACCUAUAACUCGUCAUCCUCGACCUCUGAUUUGCUGAUAUUCUGCUACAUAUUUUGCUACAACUGUUAAGACAACGCCGUCUUCUCUUUCAUAUGUGAUCUACAGUACUCGGUUAUUUUUUGCUGGACUAGACACCGUCUAAACUUCCCCUCUGAAAGCGCCACAAACCCUGCACAGGUAAAUUUACACAGGCGUCACCGAACGCAUUUUGAAGACCGAUCAGCUUGGCUUUUGGACGCCGGCUGGAGUCGACGCUCAUACAAUACAAAGUUGGAAUCUGACCUCGAAUCACACCACUAAUUAUUCGGUGUGUUAAUGACCGUAAUUCUCCCGCUAAUUACUGCGGUUUUCCUUACAAACGACUGAGGAUGCGAUGGGGGCAGCAAGAUACAUGCACAUCGGCCCGCAAGACGUUUACAAAUCUGCCUUCCGCAGCCUAAAAAUACUUGAAUAAACCAAAUAACAUUCUGAAAAAUACAUGAGAUCUCUCAGUCGUAAGCUAACUCGGUCAACGCACCUCCAGCCUGGGGUUUCCUUUUUUAACACCUAAAUUGAUGUACGCAGUGUGCUGGAUUAUUUGUUACCGGGACGAAGGCUAUCAUUUCACAUCCACUUGGACCAGUUCGCUGACUGAAGUCAUUGCAUUUCUACCACUUAAUCAAGUCCAUUCCGUCCUACUGGUUGCCGAAAAUCAUUCUAGUAUCUUCGGGAAUUGUUCGUUACCUGCUCAAAAACCUAGUCGCAAAACGCAUAAAUUUGUUCGGUCCAAUUCGGGCAUGCACCCAGAAUUUUGCUCUUUGGACGAGACUAGUGGUCUCGCGUAUCCCAAACUGAAUAGCUCGGUAACUGUCUGCGAAAAUAUGGGGCGAGGCUCCGUGCCACCAGCUUGACGGCCUGAAGGCAAGCGAUAUCCUCCACUGAAUCCCAUGACGACUAUUGCGGAGUCUGCAGUUGUGAUUUUUGCGAGUGACUGGCUGGCACUUGUCUCAUCCAUGCAUAACGCACAUGCGCUGGUUUCGUAUCGGUACUCGUCGCAGGACCCCCACCGAAAAGGAACUCUUCCAACCUGGCUUUUAGUCCGGAACAUCGAGCUAUCCAUUCAGUUAUCAGCCGCGACAUUUAAGAUGGCUCCCAAAUGCGUCAGACCCAUUACGGGUACGAAAAGUCGCGUAGAAUCGACUUCACCUCACUCUACCGCGUUUAUCUUGAGUGGUAAGGCCGAAUUAACCUGAUUGGAAAAGGAGGUCGAAUGCAGUAACCAUAUGACAUUUCGCCCUGACUUGCCACUCAAGAGAACUCUGACCUCUGAAUUCGUGUACCAUCGCCUCUGUAAGUGUAGGCAUGAUAGAUGUGCAUAAUACUUACGUAUCACAUUGUGCAUAGGGUAUGAUAGUUCGGCUGUCAUUACUGGCUCAGGUCAUCUUUGCCAGACGAACCUGGUGGAUCGGGUGUUGAUUGGCUGCUUCCAAAAUUACUGACAGAAACACAGCAGUCUGAUUUGGCUCUCACUCCAAACGAGCAGUAAUAUAUGCCUUUUAUUUGAAAUCGGAAUGCAACAUUUUUGACGCACACGUUAGUAAGUGCUAAUGACAAUCAUGCAUCACCGCCACCCUCACCGUCCCGGACUAAAACCGAGAUUCCCUCUCUCAUUUCAGCCUUUGAUUGAGUACCACUAAUUUUGUGCUUUCUUUUCGUAAAAUAAAUACGUUUCAAUGGGUUUAGAUUCCAUAUUUCAUAAUUGUUUUUCGUACACUUUCUAAGUUUUCUGUCAAAUGUAAUCGCUACCCUGGAAGGAGUGUUUCCCUGGGCAUUGGUCCAGUUCACCAUGACGAUUGCUCAGAAGCCUUUAACAUUUCUUUUUGGUUAAAGCUUUAGUCCAUUAAUGUGUCAAUUUCCCAGACAGGGCUUUCAGGGGUUUUCUUAGACGUCAAGUCUUUCUUGCUGUCAAAGAGGUUGCCUGAGUCAAUCUUCAUGUGCCUCCAUCCCCAUUAGAGUCCGUCAAAAACGCUCCCCUUACCAAGUCCCUUUUCUUCAGGUCGGUACUACUGGCACCGCUGUUGGCAUUGAGCACAUUGACGAACUGCAUAAACUAUCGGAGUCGAAUAUACGCAACUGGCUGGCCUCGAAGCCUCAGCUCAACGGCACUGAUGCCGAUCUGGAAAUCGGAAAACAAAUCCAACUCGUGACGGGUGACGGCAGGAAUGGGUAUGCACCUUUUGCUCCCUACGAUGCAAUCCACGUUGGCGCUGCAGCCCCAACACUCCCACAAGCCGUAAGUGUUUAUUGAAAGCAGGACUUCUGGGGACAUGGCGUUGCGCUGUUUUUUUUCCCCUCGCCUUGCAUGUCAGAUCGGCGUUUUUGACAGUUACUUUCCUCAACAGAGUCAUGCGACCUGUUUUUACUAGCAUCUCAUAGGUUUAUGGCCUGGCGCACAAAGCGGCCUCACGCUUCUCAGUUAAUGAUUUGGCAUAGCAGGUUCCAUAUUACGUCGGUGCUUUCCAUCUCGGACUGGCCGUUUUUCGAAGCCCAUUUUAAGUGGUUUACAGAUAGGAGGGGCCGAUUAUUUGGCCGCAAAACCCCCUCCCUCCAUACGCCUGACCUGCGGUAUCCACCUUGAAGGAAGGACAUCUUUUGGGUUCAUACAGGUGUUUCAAUUAGCGAAUAAUUGUAAACCCUACCUGCGUGUGAGGUUUCUUAAUUACACACUGAACGCUUUCAAUUUAAGGAAAAUUGUACGUGCCCCUGCUCUGUCAGAAAGAUGUUUUUAAUCACUCGUAGAAAUUCGCAUCAAUGGCUCACGAGUCAGGUCGCCUAUCGUACCUCUUAUGCCUUGGGUUUGGCUUAACAAGAAUUGAUACUAUUUGAGACUGCGUGCUAAUUAUAUCCAAAUGUUGGAAUUUCUGAGUAGUAAACAAAACGGACUUGAAGGAGAACAUUACUCUCGUUCUAAAUAUGACAGUAUAGAGACGACUUCAAUCUACACGCAUAGGACAAUCGGCCGUCAAUUUGGUCAAUCCAGGGAGUUGUUGGUUAGCAUGAGAUUUUAGCUUGUGUUUCCGUUUCUCUGAGCACCGGACUUGGUACUAUCGUUCUUUCGCACCGAAAAAUUGCAAACCUUCACUUUUGAGUCCUCCAAACACAGGCUGACGCCGAUCUCCUUUUCUUAACACAACCUCAGUUCAUAUUGACCCAACUGUGUACAGCCAACGCUCCAACCACUUGAGCUACUAGUCAAUAUGAAUUAUUCAAAAUCUGCCAAAACAUAUAUGAAUUACGUGAGCCUUGUGGUCAUCUGGUGGAUUCUAGGUGAAUUACUUAGGAAAUCCUGCCUGAGCAGUCAACUUACUGUACCCGAUUUGAUGGAUUCCAGACGUUGCAGUAGGUUGGGCGGGUAACUUGACCCAAAUGUGAUUAAACUCGCGUCGUCCGGCGGGGCCUCGUACCUCAAGGGGUUAUAGCGUUGGCUGUACCAAAACAUUCCCCUUACUGCGUGGGUUCGAAUCCCACCGAGGCGCCGAGUUUUUCACAAUUGGGUCAAUAUGAAUUACUCAAAAUCUGCCAAAAUAUCCAUGAACAACCUCAUUUGUCAUUCUUUGCCACUUUAAUGAUGUUUUAAUGGAUCUUAGCUCGGAAAAGCUAAAGGAGGAUGUUUUGAUCGUUCCAACAACAAUUAUAAAGUAUUGCCAACAAAUAAAGGGCGACUGGGAUAGCCAUUUCUGGCAUACAAACCUCGGGUCGGGAAGUUUGACCCAGACGUACUGCCAGUUCAGAUCCAGGCCGUGCUUGAGAGUACACAAGGUCGCUUGAGAAUGGCCCUCAGCUAUCUGGUCAGAUUAAUCAUGGCGUUUUGCCGUGCAGUUCCACCUGUCAGUACUUUCGGUGCGAGCUCCAAAAGAAAACGGUGCCACCGCUAUUCAACUGCAGUCAGGUCAGGUCAGUGAUUCUCACUCCCGCACAACUGACUGAAGUUGUAUAUUUUAUGUCUUGGCCGAGCCAUCGUAGGUUUUUCUGCCCAACUUUCGGACUGGAGACAGGUCUUUUUUCGGGUUGUAUAACAUGGCCAUAGCCCUCCUUAUGAGAAAGGGAUGAAGUUCUGCAUUCAUUCACCCUUCUGGCCCGAUGGAUCGCACAACUGCUCACAUGUAUUUCAACUUGCAUAGUUUGCCCUUCUACCCGUGUUUCUUACCUUCCUCCUCUCUUCCCCCUCCCCUCUGUAGUUAAUCGAUCAGCUAAAACCGGGCGGACGAAUGAUAUGUCCGGUUGGACCUGAAGGUGGCCAGCAAAACCUGGUCCAGGUUGAUAAGGCCGCAAACGGCAAGAUUACUCAGAAGGACCUCAUGGGUGUAAUGUACAUCCCGCUGACGGACUACAAACAUCAGACACGAUCGUGGCGGUAAGACAUGCCACUGCCUCCUGUUGGUCGGCUGUUUAAUCACUUGUCUCCAAUGCAGUUUUCACGUAGAUUGUACUGCUUUUUUGUAAAUCUGUUGGGAGUGCCUACACUCCCAAAAACAAGAGCCAGCCAAUCACUGGAGGCCACGUGCGUUUUCUCUAUUGCGCUGUCAUCUUUAUCGUGGCGCUUCUCCAUUGACUUUUCCCCUCGGGCCUGAUCGAUCUGCACAUUCGAAUUAUCGACCGGCACGUCUGGAAUGUUCUUCCCGAAGGGCAUUGGGCCGAAUGCCGGUGAAGCACAGUAGGGCGUUAUAAAUAUGCGUUACAUCCAGUUAAUUUGGAUUUGCGAUUUCCUAAUACACAUUUUCGUGACCGGUCGCGUUUUCCUUCUCUGCCGCGUUGGCAUUGGGGACAAGGGUCGAGUGCGUAUACGCUCCACGGGAUUGCAAGUACCAGGCCGGGUCAUAACAAAGUCCCUAGCGUAGAGUGCAGCUGAGACGGGACUGACUUGUGUGGCCGUCUAAACAGGACCUGAAAAUUGGAACGUCCCGCCCAAGUAAUAAAGGCGAACCUGCGCAUAAUUCUAGAAAAGACAAAAUAUUCCCGUGUCCUAGCCCCAACAACAACAACAACCCUAGUAUAAAACUAAACCGUUGCCCUAAUCUUGACCCUAACCCAUCCUAAAUCCUAACUCUGCAGUUUAUACUAGUCCCCUACCUUAACCCUAAACUUGGUUCUGACGUACGUUGCUGUCAACUUUAAAUCCAACCUCGGACUUAAUUCUUAGCUUAACCCCAACCAUCUAAUUUCAGUGGAAGUUGACUCAGUGCCCCGCGUGUUGCAGGCGGUUCCUGUUUAUGCGUCCAUAUAACUCAGUCCUCCUUUAACUCCAUCCACACUCAGGAGCAAUCCGGAGGUCAGUUUUGAGUGCCUUCACGAACUAGAUUUUCCAGAUCUGAGAUUUCACUUGCCGAAUCCUAUGACGCAGGUUAGGUGGUGAUAGCUUGUACAUGUGAUGUUUACGUCGAGACAUACUAUUUACUUUUGAGAAGAAACACUUCCAAAGGCGCACGUUUUGUUCCUGAAGUUUGGAAAGCAGAUAGUCUUCCAUCCUCAGAGCGCCUGUGUGCCUCAAUGAAGAAUCGCUGGUCGGGAUCCCAAUCAUGCAGGCGCUGCGUCUUCAGGGGGUGGGUUGAGUCGUUAAAAACGAUCUUCUCCCCCAUCCCCCCUCCCCUCUGGCGUGCCGCUGUGGCCGACGUCGAGGGGGGAAAAGGGGCAUCCUUAAUUGUUAUGUCAUUACCGCCCGCAUUCACGCUAUCGUCAGUUGUCAUUCCUUCGGCGUAUCGUUUGGUUUGGGUGACAAUUGUAGGGCCUUGUAGGCGGCAAACAGGGUCGCGUGAUAGUUUAUGAACGCCGUUCCUGUAUGCCGCCAGACUUCCACUAUCUCCCUGCUCACGUGGUCGCCUCCGCCACCAAUGAUUUCGACAUCAUCAAUAACGAUUUCGCAUCCAGAUGUUGCCGGCCUUCCGCCCCCAAAGUAAAGAAAUCCAUAUAACCCAGUAUUUUUGAUGCUCGCUCAUGCGCGACCGCAGCCAUAUACCAGGCUCACCAGUGUAGUUGGCCUGACAGGAACUAUGUCGGACCCGAUAGCUAGUUUACAACGCUCAUCUCCUCAUCUCAUCUGAACUCCGCUAAAGGCUGUUUCACUAUUUGCCCUCUGUGGGCUGACAAGGGGGACUCGUCUUCUCGGGACUGCAUCAGGUCUUAUAACCAAGGUGCAAAAAUUCGUCUCAUGACUUGGGUUCCCCGACUUUCUCCACUACGCGCAACAUUUACAGUUCAGUUAGGAAAGCUGUGCCGCCUCCCAGAGGUCAAAGAACACGAGGGAUGACAUCGGCCACAUUUUCAGUACGUGGCAAGGCCUUGCAUGCCCUGUUCCAAACCUUUCUGUAAGCUUAGGUCGUCUGUUUCGUUUUACAGAAUUGCGUGGGUGCCUGUUCGUCAUAGACAAGUGUUGACAGAUUUGAAGUUCAGUCAAGUUGCCCAUUUUUCUGCCCCGUGUUUGCAUUCACUCUUCACACCAGUUUGGCCAUCGUGAACAGCAACCUCCACCAUGUACUCCACAGCAUGAUGGACGCAGGUCGGUGACUUUCGCGUGUGGUGGUAUCGGACUUGCCCAGCAUCUGUUGCACUCUAUCCUCCUUCAUCCAAGUAGGCCCGGUGGCAAGAGGACGUCAGGACGGCUGGGGUCGGACCCGGGCUAACAAUGCUAAGCAGUCCAUCUACGGUCGGGUUCGCGCACGGGGACGAUGUCUUCGCAGGACAAAGGGAGCGGUCCAGAUCCCAUUUGAGCGGGAGUGCCAUUAGGAAGAAACUAUCGAGCCUGACUCUUCGUCCUGAGAUGCCCGAGUUAACCCAUUAGUUGGCAGUCCUCUAGGCGCCUCAGAUUGUUUGUAGUGAGAAAAUGCGCUGAAGUGCCAUGGGGAUGGAGUCCUCAGAGUAAAACUCACUCUCUUGCACCGGUCUGCAGCCGGUCAGCCAUCUGGGGUUGAGCGCAAGUGGCUGGCACGGCGUGGAGCUUGUGCCUAGGCUAGUCACUGCACGUCCCCAUGUGUAGCGUUUAUUGUAGGAUGCGUACGUUGGUUGGUGUGUGCGCACCCUAGCCUGGACUUGGGUGUAUGGGUUACAUCUUCACUCAAGCCAACACUGCACUGCGCGAAGGCGGCUAAAUCGACUACGACUACAUUGCAUUUCAUUAGGCGAGUCCUUAGGGGAUUUGACCCUGACUGCUUUUCCAAACUAUUUGGCACCUUCGUGCGGCCUCAGUUAGAAUACGCCAUACAGACGUGGAGACCUUGGACAGCCAAGGACUAUACCGUCUUGGAGAAGGUCCAUCGACCGGCUACCAAAAUGACACAAGGUCUGGGAGCACUGCCCUGUGAAACCAGACUGUCACCUCUUAACCUGUUUUUCCUUUCCUACGGGCAAUUACGUGGUGACCUUAUACUAACAUUUCGCAUUAUCAACGGCCUAGACUGUUGUUUACAUCCCACUGAUUAUUUCACUCAAGCCAACACGCCCACUUUGCGCGGUCGUCCCCUAAAACUACGCACAGGGAAAGCAAGGAUCAAUGGACGAAAGUUCUUUUUCAGUAACUGAGUGGUUGCAGCGUGGAAUGCCCUGCCUACCGAUGUUGCACUCUCCUCCUAUGUGAAUUCCUUUAAGUGUGGAAUUGACGCGUAUCAAGCUUCCCAAUUACCAGCCUCACAUUCACUCACAUAACCUGGCACUAACUAAAACGUGUAUAUACUACUUGCAAUCAGUAAGUAACCGUUAAUGAUUACUCUUUUUCGACUAGCUGUCCGCAAUUAUGUACAAAAUCCCUUUUUCACCUUCCCACUUAUAAAUGCUUUUCUCCGACGACUUGUAACCAAUGGGGAGUUCAAAGGCGUUUGCCUAUGUUUCCCCUAAUUAACUAAAACUGGUCCCUGUGUUGGUCCAGCGCAUCUCAAGCGUGGCCCGUCGUGAGGAGCCACGACGGUCCGACCGUCGCAAAGGACGAUCUCAACGUUGUGCACCGCAAUGGCGUGGACGAACUCGAUAGUAGAGUACGUGCGCACCAACGUGUCUUAAUAGCCUUUGCUCACCGUGUGUCAGGGAAAUAGAAAAAAACUUCUGUCGUCUCUGCAUAUCUGCACUCGGGCAUUUUCGCCCCUAACGGUUAGAAGAUUUAUUCGCCUGGGAGCACGACGCACCACACCUGACAGCACAGGUACUAGCUGGAAGCCCAGACACGCGUGUUUCGCCGAUAUGCUGCCGCUGCAUGGCACAACUGCGAAGGGUCCGGCUCAUCAGUGUCCCCCAGCGUUCCCUGUGCGUUUUCUGGUAGACACUCCAGUUCUGAAAUUUCAUCUUUUUAAUUCCCUCAGAUUUGUUUUGUCUAGGUGACUUUACUGUUCCUGUUCGCAUCAUCCUCAUAACCUUCGCCUUCCAUCCCCUUCUCUAGAUCUGAUCUCUGA